GUCACAGUAGACCAUUAGCUUGUAUAACCAGCUUUUAGGUUCCUCCUCACAUGAAAUCCACCUUCUUAUAAAUACGCAGCCACCCAACAUAACUUCCAACUCUAUUGUAUUAAUGUUGGCUUCCUCUUUCUCUCUGCACUCGCCGACGAGAAUUGAGAAAAGGAAUGAGGCCUGGCUUCGUAUUGAAGGAGUCAUCCGCUCCAUUGGCGACGGGGGAAGCUAUUUCACCCGCGGCACACCCGGCCUGGCGCUCGCCGGUGCCGUAUCUGUUUGGCGGAAUUGCGGCCAUGCUGGGCCUCAUUACCUUCGCCCUUCUUGUUCUUGUCUGCUCUUAUUGGAAGCUUUCAGGUUACGUCGACAGCGCCGAACAUAUGAGCGACACGGCUGAUUCCGGUGACGGCGGGAGGGAUGUGGGUGUAACGCAGGGGAAGCAGGGGACGGCUAUGGAAGAACGGUUCGUCGUCGUCAUGGCGGGAGAUGAGAGGAAAAUAUUUCUGGCUCAGCCGAUUCGCAGCCGGGCGUCGUUUUUGACUGGCGGCGGUGGAGAAGAAGAGUCCCCCGCCGCCGCGAAGGUGGAGAAGGGCGGCGGUGACUGCUGCGAGGAGAUGGUGAAGCCCGACGAAGCGGGGAAUGUUUUGGCUGGUGGCGAGAGUCACGAUCAUGUCUGAACUUGGUCGUUUCCCAGCAUUAAGGGCCAUACUAUUUUUUCUUAAUGUGAUUUUUAUACUGAGGAACGAGAUUGAUGAUGUGUUUUGUGGCAUUAGAUAUUGAAUGUGAUUUUUCAUAA